GGGACUAGUUCGCGUAUAUACAGAUUUACGGACACGACUAAAUCAACUCAGAUCGCCAUGCUGAUCAUUUAUAUAUGUAUGUAUGUUUAUGUUUUAUAGUGUCUCCGAGGUUUCCUUUUGGAUACGUUUACCUCUGUUCAGGGUAUAAAAAGCGUGUUAAUAAAUAGUUUAGCCAUAUAUAAAUCACAAUCCAUACAAUUAGAUUUAUCUUAUCUGAAUUUAUUUAAUACAAUAAUCCGAUUAGUCUCAACCAGAGAAGAUAACGACAGUAUUUUUAUUAAAAUUCUAACAAAUAUUUGAAUGUAUGUACAUAUGUAUAUUUGCUUUGCUAUCCAAUAACUGAAAUUAAAGUUGCAAUGGCGCGCUAACAGAUCAAUUUAAUAAAAGCGCUGCUGACUGGCGCGCUUCAUUGCUAACACUCAAUGCUUUUUGUAGCUUUUUAUACAGUGUACAUAUUAAUUCAGUAGCUGAUAAAUCGAUUUGAAUUCGAAUGCUUAACACCUUGUUCAGUUGAGUUUUUGCGUUUCCAUCGCGCGGUCGAAUUUGUACAAUUUCCGCUAAUGCUUAAGUUGUGCGUAUUGAAGAAUUUAAUAUUUUGCAUAUAUUAACAUAACCGCAACAACAACAACAUCAAACUCAUAAUUUAUCAAUUUAUUUUUAAAAACUGCUUCGAAUUUUUGUGUCACGUCAGAGCAACGCCACAAAAUGCACUCAAUUGGUAGUGUGUUGUCCCUACACUCGGGUUAUUUUGCAAGUGUUUUUUUGUUGAUAGUGCUGCUUACAGCGGUCAACACUUACGAGGAAAACGACAAAUUUUGCAUACGCACUCAACCAAUGCUGCUGGCAGAUAUUGAGAAGCAUGUGAAUCCUAUAGAUGAUGAUCCUAAUUGCAAAGUGCUGGCCACAACGCUCACCACGAAGGAAAAGGACAUUUUCGUGGAGACCAUGUGUAAGGAUCAUGGCACAUCAUAUAAGGAUAGUUAUUAUUUCUUCAAACUACGCAAUGGAGAACUGAGAGGACGCGGGUCGCACAAAGAUAUUUGCAAUGGUGUGAAAAAUCCACUGCUUGCUUGGGUGCCAUACAAUAUGGUGCUGGAGAAUUUCGCACAAGAAUUAAAUCCGAAAGAGCAACUCAGUUAUAUUGGCAAAGCCACUGAUGUGGAUCGUGCAAAGACAGAGCUCUGUCACUUCAGCCACACCGAUCUUGUCACUAACAUCACAUCCGACCUCUUUGCCUGCAUUGUAAUGAUUUUCGAGGACAACUUUUAUGGACAAGAUUCCAAUAUUAAUGUGCUCGUCGAAAUAGAGCCGCUCAUGUACGAAUUGCGCAACUUAACCUAUUUGCCUUGGGUCAACGUGUCGACUAGCUACAAAACGCUGCUCGAUCGCUCAACUCUCAACAAUCCGAAUAGUGAGGCGAAGCAAAUAUAUGGCAGCGUAAAAUAUAGUUUUGUCGAGAAGGUCCACGUUAAUGUGAGCACUAUAUACAAUAAAAAUUUGGAUCAUUUGCCGUUAUUGUUUGAGCAUGCGGGCGCUGUAUUGGAAUUGAAUGAUUUGGGUAUUGGCGGGGUGGAUGUAACGGCGAAAGCUUAUUUCGAACGUUUCAUGGACCCACGUACUUCGGUCAAGGUGGAAGUGAUCGGUCAGUGGGCCGAGCACCAUCAACAAUUUAAUGCUGAUGUCUUCGACUACUUUGGUUAUGGCAUAAAACGCUACCGUAAUGAAAUCCAUCGUGGUGAGGUUACGUUUACACGCAUUGAGAGCGCCGAACCAGUUUAUGAAACACCCGAUUCCACACAUCUUACGUCUAUUACACUAUACCCGGCGGAAGAAAAAAAAUUCGAACGUUUGGAAAUGGCUGACACCGAAAAUAUAACACAAACAUCCAAUUGGGAUAUUAACACCUACUACGAUUCUCAUCCUUAUCCGGGUUUCUAUCCGUGGUUUGUAGCUGGUAGCAUUGCAGUAGCAGUGGUACUGUUGGUGGUGGUAUUCAACAUGGUGCGCAUAUGGAGCAAGAAGGAGGAGAAGAAACUUUAUAAGUUGGCCGCUUCAUCGGCAUAAGUUUUGAAGAGAAUCAUGUGGAAAUGGUAUGAAAAAAUGAGAUAAUUAAUUAAAUGCAUGGAGGGCAACCACAUUUUUUUUGUUAUUAUAAUAGUAUUAUCGAAGAUAUUAAUAUUUGUUAAACAUAUACAACAUAUAUGUACAUGUCUGUACGCAGCAUGCGAAAGGUCUGUGACAAUACAUUUCAAUAAAUGUAACAUACUUAUUUGCUGUAUUUAGCUAUAUUUAACGUAAUCCAUUUUGUAUAAACACAAACGAGAGCUAACAUAUGCCGCUUUAGUAUUUGAGCUGUAUUUCGUUUCACUAAAUUGUUAAUGUGUUAAUUGUAGAAACAAAAAAAAAUUAUUAUGAAUAUUUUGAAAUAAAUAAUUUUACAUUCCAACUAGCUAAAUCUCAUUUUAUUUACUGUAUAAUCUACUUAAUCGUAUUUUGUAAUUGGAAUUUGAACAUGAUUUUUAUUACUUUGUUCCACUGUAUCAAUCUAACGAUGUCACUCUUAUAAAUCUGGCAGCAUUAAUUAUUCGCGUAACAACAAGAAGCACUACCAAAAAUCCUUCCGCUCUUAACACUUUUAAACAUGUUAAAAAAUUCUUCCUUCUAUCUCACUCACGCAUAUUAGCGCAUAGUCUGUCGAUUUGCAAAUGCAAGUCCUGUUGCUCAAUUUCUAUCAUACAAAAGAUGAAAGGAAAACAUACUCAAAUUCCGCUACUACUGUUGUUGCGGCAAAAUAUAACUAGAAUCAACAACACCACGAACGAUCCAUUCCAAUACAACCCCUGUGUAUGUUUCUAUUAUUUUUCUGUUGCACUGCUCUAUUCGUUUACAAUUUUAGUUUCGUGUCGGAUUCCUUCAGCUUUCGAUGUGACAUUUAUGUUCUCUCUCGGUUCGCUUGUGAAAAAAACAUAAAAUACAAAAUAUUUGCGAAAUUCACAUAACAUAAAUCUCCAAAACCAUCUCGUAAACAAAAAGUUAGACAAGAAAAAGUUCAACUUCAAACACUGUUGUUAGUAUAUUAAAAAGUUCUUUCUACAAUAGUCCAAGCAACAAAUAAUAAUUCUCAAUUUAGUCGCGAAGUUGGCUAGUUGGAAAAGUUUAAUUGCUCAUAUUAAAGGGGGUUAGAAUAACAGGGUGGUAUGCGAUUUAUUGUAUUACUACUAUCAAAAAUCAAUUCACAUAAAAUUGCAAGUGUUUUUCGUAAGUGUGAGUGAAUGGAAAAGCUUUGAUAAAUAAAAAAGAGUGCACGAUAUUAAAUCGUAUGGCAAGCGCCGCACAAAAUUUAUCUGUGAAUUCUCUCUCUCUAACACAUUUGCACCCAAAUAUGGAGCGCGAGUUGUAAAGUGGUUGGUAGUUUUUGGUUUUGGCGUUGUCGCCUGGUAUGUGCUUAUUGGAUAUUUCUUUG